CAGUCAUUAACAUUUCUUCGUAGUGCCAUGUGGUGUAUUCUCAAUGCAAUGAUCGUUAAAAAGACUUUAGUUUUAAUAUCAUUCUUAGUUCUUUUAAGUAAUGUAAGUGGAAAAGAAACCAAAGUUAGCACGACGUUUGUUAUUGAUAGCACCUAUUCCAUGGAUACAGAAAUUGGUGAAGUUAAACGAAGAACUGACGAUAUUUUCAACGCUGUAUAUAACUCUAAUUCGUCAAUAGUAGAUGAGUUUAUUAUCGUGACUUUUAAUGAUCCUGCGACGGGUUGGGGAGUAGAAGCUGCAACUUUAGAAGUGAAAACAAAUAAACGCGACGAGUUCGAAACAUCUUUACGUGAUGUGAAAGUACUAGGUGGCGCUGAUUGUCCAGAAAUGUCUCUGACAGGAAUCGAACUUGGAUUAAAUACUAGCAAACCGCACUCAUAUCUGUACGUUUUCACCGACGCAUCCGCGAAGGAUUAUCAGAAAUAUGACUAUGUAAAGAGUUUGGCCCUGAAAAAAUCCAUUCAGGUGACUUUCCUUUUGACCGGCCAAUGUAAAAAGGACAAAGUGGAGGAGCAGCACACCGUAUACAACAAUCUAGCUACAGCCACCUCAGGGCAGGUGUUUCAUAUUUUAAAACAAGAGAUAAGCCAGAUAAUUGAUUAUAUUUUAGUAAAUUUAAAUAAUAAAAGGACUACCCUUUUACGGAAAACUUUUCAAGAUGCAGCCGAGUGCGAAAAGAAAUACAAUUUUACAGUGGACAGCGACCUUUGGGAAAUCGUUAUAGCUUUAUCAGCUCCGAAGUCUUUAAUUGAUGAUGACCUCGAUGUGAUCGGACCAGACGGUAGUCCAGCGGAGAUCCAACAAUUCGUUUCCUCCCAGAACACAACAAUCGUGAAGUUAAAAGGUGAAGUGGGUGAAUACAGCAUAAGUGUAACCAAUUGUGCCGAUGUCACAGUUCAUGUAACAGCUUCAACAUCUAUAAGUUUCCAGCACGGCUUUUCUUCUGAUAAGCCACGUUCAUUAGAUGAGACAGCUAAGAAACCUGUUAAAGACAAAAAGUCUUAUCUGGCUAUAGUAUUAGAUGAUAAAGAACAAGAAGUUAUUCUAAAAACUGUUGAACUAUGGAACAUUGACGACGAUUUUAUCAUAGAAUUACCACUUAAAUUGAUAGACUCCGAUCAACAGCUAUAUAUCACAGAACCAUUUUCUGUACCUCAACAGACGUUUAAAAUUGCGGUAAAAGGAUUAACAAAAUCAAAAGAAUUAUUAACAAGAGUAUCUCCAACAACAAUAGAAUAUGAAGAAGAAAUGCCGAAAGAAAAGCCGGCGACAGUCACAAUUUUGGGGGCACAAGAAGUGAUAGCGAAGUUUGGCGAGGCUUUGGAAUUAAAAUGUAAAGUUGGUGGAUUUCCUCAGCCACAUAUUACGUGGGAAGAUAAAUACAAUAACACUAUGAAUUCCUCGAUCAACACAAUAGCUCUAGACGAGUAUAUAAGCACUCUUCACAUAAAUAACGUUAUUGAAAAUACUACAUUUAUCUGCAAAGCCAAAAACUUUGCAAUCGAUUUCGACUUUGUUAUAGUUACAACAAAUAAAAAAUUUACCGUCAAAAAAUAUCCAGAAGAUGUCGCUGUAGAAAUCGGUAAAUCCGUUGAAUUAAGUUUAAAAAUUGAUGCAUCACCGCCAGUAACUAUUAUCUGGUUUCAAGAUGGUAAAGAAAUUAAUAAUAAUGAGAACUUGGAAAUAAAAACUUCUUCUGGCAGUUCUUUUUUAAAAAUAAAAAAUGCGAAACCCGGAUAUGAUGGAAAAUAUUCCGUGAAAGCCAGUAAUGGAGAUGAAAACGUAGAGUAUAAAUUCAACGUUAUUUUAACCGGUGCAGUGCCAGCUUUAAUAGUGCCAGUAAAAGAAUUUGUGCAAAACAUCAUGGAUCUUGUAGAAGGAGACAAGCUAUUUCAAUUAAUUUGCAUAGCAACGGGUAACCCAAAACCAACUUUAAAAUGGUUAUUUAAUGGAAUUACUAUUGAAGAUAACGAGAGGUAUGACAUUUUAUACGGGGAUACACUUAUAGUAAAGGACGUCAGCUCAAAGUCCAAAGGUACCUAUACUUGCAAAGCAGAAAAUGAAUACGGCAACGAUACAAUGGAUUACGAAGUUAAUGUUCAUCCAUAUCCACCGAUAAAUAAUUUUCCCAGCAAUAGCCCAAUCUAUCUUGUAGAUGACCAAACAUUUAAAAUGCCUUGCGGAGAUGAUAUGAUAGCCAUUAAUUCAAUACGGUGGUAUAAGGAUGGACAUCUGAUCGGAACUGGUCCACUAACUCUAAACAACGUGACGAAGGCAAAUGCCGGUAAUUACACAUGCCGAAUAAGUAAAUCAUAUGCCUCUUAUUCAUAUCAUAGCAGAAUUUUAGUUGGGAGUAAAGUAAAAUUUCUUACUGAAGGAAACACUAGAUAUAUUACUUUUGAAGAAGGAGCAGAAGCGCAGUUAGAUUGCAGUGCUACUGGAGAUCCAACACCUAAAACAAAAUGGAUUAUGAAUAACAAAAUAAUAGAGGGAGGGAGUCAGUAUUCGUUUAUAAUGAAGAACAAUAAUAAUAUUCCAAAUUGGAAAAACAUUAAAUGCUGUGUGAGCAAUGAAUUUGGUACCAUCCAACGGGAUUUUGAAAUUGUCGCAGGAGAGUGCCUUAUGAGUCUGGAAGACGAUUUUACUUCACGACAACCCAUAUUGACGACGGGCAAUAGAAAACGAAGUUGGCCAGUUUUCACAGUAUCAAAUGGAUUUCUAAGAAUAUUGAAGCACAGAUAUUUCACACUAUUCUGUCCUGAAUCUUUUAUAUCCCAUAACAAUGAAAACUAUGGCAACAAUAUAACAACGUAUUGUGUAGGUGAUUCAAUGUUUCAAUUAGAAGGAAAAGCAGUGUUAGCUUCUGAAAUCACAUGCGAUAAGAACGUAGUGCCAUUAGCGAAAAAUUUUAAUCAAAUCUGUCGGGGAAGCAAUACUACGCUAAUAGGUGUUGGUUUUGACGUCGGCGGGUCUUUUAUGUCCGUAUAUAGCGUUUGCUUUGAUAACUUCACGAAGACACCAUUGUUUGUAGUACACGAUAUCCAUAAGGCUAUAGCAAAUAUGACACCAAUACAUAAAGCUCAAUACACUAGAGGCAACUAUCUGACAUUGGAAUACGAAGAUAUGUAUGAUUGCAGAAAUCAAAUCAAUGCAAUAUCGUCGUUUAUUGGCAAAUCAUUAAAAAGUGAUGAAAAGUGUUGCUUCAUGCGACGACAAUUAGUGAACCCAAAAGAUGUUCUACCAGGAGUAGCUCAAGUGGCAACAUAUCAUUAUUUAAAUGUUGUACCUCAAUGGAGCACUUGCGGAUCAGAAAAUUGGGAUGAAGUUGAGCGUCGCGUUAGAAUGUAUACCAUAAAUACGGAUGAUGCAGUACCAAUGUGGACAGGUGCUACAUCUGUAAGAAACAAAACUCCAGCGAUAUAUUUAAAGGACAAGUUGAACCAGAAACUGCAAGUACCUCAGUACAUAUGGAGGGUGGUUAAAGAUCAACUUGCGGUAAUUCACGUCAACGUUCCUGACUUAACGUUGUCUACAGCAUCAUCUUACAUCCUUUGCAAGGAUAUCUGUAACACAAUACCCUGGAUGAUGUACGAACAUUGGCAAGACGUUGACAAAGGUUUUAUCUACUGCUGCAGUAUAGAAGACUUCGAAAAGGCCUUCGACUACGAUGGUUACCGAAUCUUUGGAUGA